AUGACUUCAAAGCCAAUAUUAAAACUUGUUAGUCUUCUACACCCCCUCCCCACCUUCCUCCUCUCACUCAACUCAACUCAACUCAAUCGCCAUUGAAACUCACCAUACGUAGGUACCAUGGAAAAGAAGAAGAGGGCUGUCCUCUUUGUUUUCAGGUUCCUGGCCUUUGCUGCAGCAAUUUCUGCCACCAUUGUCAUGGCGACAAGCAAUGAGAAUGCUUUCUUUUACGGCAUAGAGUUGGAGGCAAGCUAUAACAACUCGCCUGCCUUAACGUAUUUUGUCAUUGCUUAUUCAAUCGUAACUGUUUAUGGGUUUCUCCUCCUUUUUCUACCUCCGUCUAGCAAGCUCUGGCAAUUCGUGGUGGCCGUCGAUGUGAUUGCCACAGUGUUGGUCACUUCCUCCUUUUCGGCCGCCUUGGCAGUAGCUUAUGUGGGCAAGCAGGGAAACUCUUCUGCGGGUUGGCUGCCUAUCUGCGACCAAGUCUCCGACUUCUGCAAACAAAUAGCAGGAGCUCUAGUUGCAGGCUUCGCUGCCAUGAUUAUCUAUACAGGGCUCCUCCUUUAUUCCAUCCACACUGUUCUGGAUCCUCUUCUUGUAUUCGAUUAGGUUCUCAGAGAAACGAUUCGCCCGAUAAAGGAUUGUACUGUGAUUAAUUAUAAUAUAUGUUCUCUGUAAGAUAAACUUUGAAAUGGUGAAUCGGUUGAAUAAUCAAAUUUUGUUACAGGGUUAAUGCCA